AUGAUCGAGGAAACCUUUGAAUCAACAUUGUAAGCUCUAUUAAGAGUGCCGGAUAUAGAUUUUCUUAAAUAUGUAUAUGAAGAAAUCGAGCAAGGAUCUGAAAUUGAGCGAGUUUAUGAUCAAAUCGAAAAGCCAAUCACAUUAGAAAAGGUCAAGAAAAUAUUGAAAGAACUGUCCAUAGCCUUUACUUAUGAUUUUGCUCAAGCACAUACAUAUUUUCAAAAGAAAACAAAUAAAAAUGACCCUGAUGAUAUAAUUGACCCCAAUAAUAUUCGUUUUGAGUCAUUCAAAAGACGAUUAGGAAAUUAUAUACUAGAAAAAGCGUAUGAUAUUACAGGUUAUGAAGGUGGAGUGGCUCAGCUUAUAGAAGAUACACGUCAUCAGCCUACAGAGAAGUUUUCUAUCCAAGAGUCUACUAAAGAAGGCAGCUUUAUUGAUGAAGAUGUUCCUCAAACUAAUCAAAAUGAAGCUGCUCUACCAAAAAGGGAAAGCAAAAAUACUUGACUCCCCUCCUUUAAAUUGGAACAGAAAUCUGUUCCAAAUUAAAUAUGGGUGCUAAUUUAAAUUUUUCUGCAUAAAACUUAAUUUUUUUUGAAAAAAAAAUAAAAAAAUAUAAAUUGAGCACAAUACUUUUAAUUUUAAUUUAUUUUUAUGAAGAACUACAUAAAAAAUUAAUCGAUUCAGCUUAAAAAAUUGUUUAAAUAACAUCUAAUUGCAUUUCGUCUAUAAAAUUAGAUCAAAACUAAUUUUUAUAAAAAUUAUUAUUUUCAUCUUUAAAAUUUUCUUAUUGAAAAAAAACAAGUUUUUUUUCAUUUUUAAAGGGGUAGUUGAAGUACCCAAAAAUUGCAAAUUUUAAAUUUAAAGGGGGGGGAGUGAAUAAGCAAAAAGCUAGAAGAGCAUAAAAAGGAAAUUGAGGAGGUUUUUAAUACAAAUUUUAAUCAGCUACAAGGAUUGAUGGACAUAAGGGUAUGCAAAGAAAUUGUGCAAAACAUUUUUGAGAUAACCAAGGUCGAUGUUGCUGAAAAAGAAAUAAAAAAGAUUUUUAGAUAUAUGGACAAGCAAUAUCCACCUAAGAAAUGCGAUGAAAAUGAGCUUCUUGAGCUUAGGCCAGAAGCUAUUGAAGAACUUGCAAAAUUAGGUAUUGAUCCUUCUUUGGUUUUCCCUAAAAUAAGUUUAGAUGAAAUUUUAGAUAUUAUAGAAACUUGAGCAGAAACAAGUGUUGAGCCUAUACAAGACGAUAAUAUCUUAAAAAUAAACAAAACUAUUAAAGAAUAUACUGAAAUAUGCCGACUGAUGGCAAUUAACGACCAAAACACCAAACCAAUUGAAAUUUUAAUUUCAAACUUAGAAAAAGAAUUGAAAGAUUAUAAAGCAAAUAAAGAAAAAAUUGCAGAAAAGGAGGUUCUAGGCAAGCAAAAAAGACAAUUUGAAAAAUGAAAAUUAAAUAGUUAAACUUCCAUAAGUGGGAAAACCUAGCCUUUGCCUCGUCUCAGUUCCAAGAAUAGCAGUCUCCAUAACUUAGGAGUUCAAAUGUGGAAAAUGGAAGGCUGUCAAUUUCGAUUUCCGACCUGAACCACCUGCCCAAGGGAUUAGCUCCUAGGGCAGAGCCACCAUCCAUAGAGAGCCAUAACGAUAUUGACAAGGGAGGAAUAUAUGUUUGGCAAAACCUGUCUAGCUCAUCUGGCAGGGACAGGAAAACCUUCAUUGAAGAAAAAAACUUCCCUCUUCGGCAAGACAUCCCCAGACCUGAAGGACUGCUUCAAAAAGCGACAGAUGCCCUGCUUUUAGCUUCAUCAGAAAUAUUUCUACCUGCUCUGCCCUAGGAAUCCAAUUUGCGUCAAUAUCGCCAUUUUAUUUCUAGACAAUUUAAAAGGAAUCUUCCAAUUUUAUUCUCAAGUCAAAAUGCUCGGAAAAUCUUCAACUUUUGAAGAAAUCAAAGAUAAUCAGUCAGUCUUGACCUUGCCCAGAUUCAUACAAUUUUGUAUAGAUUUCAAUCUAAUUGGCAUCCCAUCACAGCAAUGCCGCUUCAUCUCAAAAGAUGAAGUGAAAAUUGUUUUCAAAAGAGUUUCAGUAAGCAGCAGAAUUAUGAAAGAAUCACAUUUUUUCGUAAGAGUUAUAUUAGGAUGCUUUAGAUAAGCUGGCUGCAAUUUUUUAUAAUAAAAAAUAUGAUGAAACUUAUCAAACGAAUUUUGCAAAUCAAUCGCUUUCAGUUAAAAGAAAAUUACUUUAUGAAUAUCUUGGCGUUAAUAACACUGAAGAGCUAAAGAAAAAAGGGAUAAUUAUUAAGCCAAAGCCAAAAAUAACGGAUAAAAAGAAAGACAAAAGAAGAUCAAAGUCAAAAGCAAUUAGUAAAACUCCUAAAUCUGAAAUACAAAAACCAAUAAUUUCAAUCGAAGCAAAAGAAAUGACAUCUUCACGAAGGUCAUUAGAAGAGAUUCCAGCUGAAAAUAAAAAAAUAAGUCUCAUCAAAACUAAUGAAAAUGAAGCUGACCAUGCUAAAACAGAAGCUCAAAAAAUCUUAAAGCCAGUGCAAAGCACAAAAGUGAUAAAACCUCCACCCCUAAUUAAUUUAGAAACCACCAAAAUCACAUGAAACGACUUGCACAACAUGGACAUAAAAGAAAUAAACACAGAAGAUUCCCUCACCGAUCUUAUUUACAGUGAAAAACAAAAACAGAAGCUAAAAAACAAAAAUUCCAGUCAAAAAAAUAUUUUUCAGAAUAUGCAAGAAAUCAACGAGGCCUUAAAACUUCAUGACACCAAGCUCGAAAAAGGCCUUAAAAUUGUAGAGAAAGCCAAAGCCAGUAUUGCUUUAUCCCGUCUUUAA